AGACCAAACUGGCUCAUGUUGUGUGAACGCUGUAUCUGGGUUUCUUUUCAGGUAUGGCGAAUUGAGAAUCGGGAGAUGGUUCCAGUUAAUCCGAAGACUUAUGGCCAGUUUUAUGGGGGUGACUGUUACCUCGUCUUGUACACCUACACGAAGUCAGGCCGACCUCAUUACAUUAUCUACAUGUGGCAGGGUCGCCAUGCAUCAGUGGACGAAAUUACAGCUUGUGCUAUCAAUGCUGUGGAGCUGGACAAGAAAUAUGGGGAUGAGCCUGUCCAGGUUCGAGUGACAAUGGGGAAGGAACCCCGGCAUUUCCUCGCUAUCUUCAAGGGAAAUUUGAUCAUUUAUGAGGGAGGCAUCCAUCAUGGUCAGAAGACGGAACCUGAACCAGAUGUCCAGCUCUUCCAAGUGAGAGGUACCGAUGAAUUCAACACCAAAACGAUCGAGGUCCCCGCCCGAGCCUCUUCUCUCAAUUCCAAUGAUGUCUUCCUUCUCAAGACCAACCAAGUGUGUUACCUGUGGUGUGGAAAGGGAUGCAGUGGAGAUGAGCGAGAAAUGGCAAAGACCGUGGCCGAUGUCAUCUCCAAGUGGGACAAACAGACGGUUCUGGAGGGGCAGGAACCGGCUGAAUUUUGGUUUGCCCUUGGAGGCAAAGCACCCUACGCCAGUGGCAAGAGAUUCCAGGAACAAGUUCCUCACUAUCAGGCUCGCUUGUUCGAAUGCUCCAACCAGACUGGGCGAUUCAUUAUGACUGAAAUAGUGGAUUUUGGCCAGGAUGACCUGGACGAAGAAGAUGUCAUGUUGCUGGACACCUGGGAAGAGGUCAGUAUGAGAU